AUGAUUUCAGUCGUUGUCAUUCGAUACAGGGUGACUAACGUGCGUGUACGUCGUACGCCUUGCACCCACAUACUAUUAUUAUCGUUGUUAUCAUUGUUAUACAAUAUAAUAGCAUCGUUUAUAACCAUAUAUUUAACGACCAUGGGUACUUACCUCGACAAUCCGAUAACCGAAAAAGUCUCUGAAGACAUGGAAGACGACACGUUGGUGUGUGGCGUCAGUUCCAUGCAGGGUUGGCGUAUCAGACAAGAAGAUGCUCACUUCUGUCUACUUGACUUCGACAAAAAUAUGUCGCUUUUUGGUGUGUUUGACGGACACGGUGGUGCUGAGGUAGCUCGUUUGGCGGUUGAAGUGUUGCCUGAUAUGAUAAGAAACCAACCUUUUAACAUCGGCGAUUAUGAAAAUGCUCUGAAAAACGCAUACUUAGAUUUUGACUUAUAUUUGCGCUCCAAGACCGCUUUGAAUAGAAUGAAAGUUCUUGCUGCACAAGAUGAUCCAGCGAAUGCAGAUGAUGUCAAUGUAGACGACAAAAAGGAUAACAAGAACAGCAAUGAAGUCGAUGAAGAUAUAAAUAAAAUGUAUGGCUUUUACAGUGGUUGCACCGCAGUCGUUGCGUUAAUAGUGGACAAGAAAAAGCUUUUUGUAGCUAACAUCGGAGACUCCAGGUGUGUCGUUGCUGUUCACGGUACUAGAGCCAUUGAUAUGUCAAAAGACCAUAAGCCUAGGGACGAACCAGAGUUAUUAAGAAUUCGCGCAGCUGGAGCAAGAGUCACGUACGACGGACGAAUCAAUCGCGAUCUCAAUUUGUCUCGAGCUUUUGGUGAUCACAUGUAUAAGCAGAAUAAUUUGCUUCGGGAAACAGAACAAGUUGUCAUCGCUCUACCCGACGUACAGGCCAGAAUAUUAAACGCAGAAUACGGCGAUUUUAUAGUUUUGGGAUGUGAUGGCAUAUGGGAUUCAUUAAGUAGUCAGGCAACAGUAGACUUGAUAUCAAAUCACAUCAACGAACCCGAUAUAAAGCUAUCGGAAAUUUGCGAAAAAUUACUCGGCAAAUGUUUCUCGGCUGAACGUCGUUCAAAAGGUGUCGAUAACAUGACAUGCAUUAUUGUGAAAUUUAAACCCAAGCAACGUCUAUCGGAUCAAAAGGAUGGCGAUCAAAUCGCUUGCAAACUUAAAUUGCUCGGGUUGCAUUGA